AUGGGUAAAGCGGGCGGGUUGAAAGAGAUCAAGCUGCACCAUAGGCGACCGAGGAAGGUAUUUGUGCAGAUCGCCUUGAUCGCUUCUAUAGUAUGGGUCUUCUACCAUACCUUGUCGAGCUUAGGAGGAAAAUUAUAUCCUGAUUUACCAGCCGAGAAACCCCAACCGUCAAAGGAAUUGGAAAACCACUCGGCGCUCACACAGAGUCUAUCCAAUGUUCUGGCGCUACUUCCAGACGAGCAGCGGACACAGAGGCUUCUCACACCUAUCAAGUCUACUGGAGAGCAGAGAAUGAAGGAAUUCGGAAUCCGGACUCGCCAGUACAAACAACUUUUCGAUGCGUGGGAGACAUUGCAUAUCAACAAAACAAAAUCCCAACGAUUUGUCCAGGAUGAUGUGCUCCAACGCCUCUACCAAAAUCCUUCCAUCGCAACUUUCCUCGAUCGUGACAUGACUGAGAUCGUCCAUAGCUAUGAGUCUUAUCGUUCGAUAGUAACUCAGCUUUCAACACUCCUCUUCCCAUGGACAGCACCCUACUUCGCAGAUCAUCUCCAGAUGCGUCAACAAUUACACUCCGCCCCCCGUGGACUGGUAUUUUCAGCCGGAAAUGACCAAGUCCGCUACCUACUCACCUCAAUCCCCGCAAUUCGUCGAUUAGGGUGUCAACUUCCGAUCGAGGUGAUGUACCUCGGCGACGAUGAUCUCCGCCCAGCAUCACGGACCGCGUUGGAGGAAUUGCCGGGCGUCAUUACGCGCGACCUACGAAAAAUGGUCAAUGACAAAGGCUGGGCCUUGAGAGGAUGGGCCGGCAAGCCAUUUGCUGUUUUAUUCUCUAGUUUCCGCGAAGUCAUAUUCAUCGACGCCGAUUCUUUGUUCCUUCAAAACCCGGAGAUACUUUUCGAUGACUUCGCAUACCGCGAAACAGGCGCGUUAUUUUUCAAAGAUCGAUUGAUGUUCCCAGAAUCCAAGCGAGAGUGGAUGCAGAAAGUCCUACCAGAGCCUGUUUCCAGCAAAGCGCAACAGACUCGCCUAUGGGAUGGGCAAAGCGGACAUAUGCAGGAGUCUGGGGUACUAGUGCUCGAUACAUACAGGCACUUUUUGUCGCUUCUUUUGGUGACGAGAAUGAAUGGGCCGGAUCGAGAUGGUGAUGAAAAGAAGGGCAUUCGGGGAGUCUAUGAUAUGCUGUUUGGUGACAAGGAAACUUUUUGGCUAGGAUGGGAGUUAGCCGGGGAUACAGAUUAUGCAUUCCACAACGGCAGUGUUGGUACGAUCGGAGUUGCUCAUGCUGAAACUCCUCGACCACAACCCAGUGCGGCAGCUGGUCUGAGCACUCCAUCUAAAGAAUAUACCGUCUGUGCACCUCAGUUACUGCAUCUUGACCGGAUGGGAAGACCCCUCUGGUUCAAUGGAUGGCUACUCGAGAAUAAGUUUGCCAAAGCCGGUGAAAAGAGACCUGCCAAGUUCGAAGCUUAUGUUCGUGAAGAAGGAAGAGUCCCAGAUUGGCAAUUGAAAGAGAGCAAUAUGGCAUGCCUAACCUCAAAGAAGAUGUUCAGUCUUUCACAGGAGGAAAGUGCUGUUCUAGACAUGACAAUUGAAUUUGGGAGACGAUGUGAAGCAUUUUAA